CUCAUCCUCAACCUCAAAUGACCCUUUUAUCCCCUCUAACGGUCACUCUUUCUUUCAUCCUUUUCCCUCCAACGAUCACUUUGUUUAGCUCCCUCCGCACCCCGCAUUCCGACAGACUAAUCACUCCCCGACACGUAAGGACACUUGUGUAAUUCCACUCCCACUCCGAGGUUCUUUCCGUAAUUUGAAUAUUACUGUUAUAAACAAUAAGAACAGAGCGACGCCGGGAACAACAAGAGCUUCGAUAUCACGCCAUAAUAUUCUGCGAUUGAUUUUGCUGUAUGUAUAGAACUGAGUCAUGGGCGACUCAAGCCGUUCUACUUUCAUUGACAUUGAUUUGAUACCUUUAGGAGGAAAGCAAUUCAUGGUGAAAACUAGCAAAGGUUCUAUCUCUGUAUUGGUUUGCGGAGACCAAGAGAAGCCUGCUCUAAUCACUUAUCCAGACGUAGCUCUCAAUUAUAUCUCCUGUUUUCAGGGUCUGUUCUUCUGCCCAGAUGCUUCUUCUUUGCUGCUUCACAACUUCUGCAUUUAUCACAUUGAUGCUCCUGGGCACGAGCUGGGAGCUGAUAUGAUUCCUUCGGACGAACCAUUGCUCAGUGUGGAUGACCUUGCAGACCAGGUCGUAGAAGUGCUUGAUUUCUUCGGGCUGAGAGAGGUUUUAUGCUUGGGUAUAACAGCUGGUGCUUACGUCCUCACGCUAUUUGCCAUGAAAUACAAAGAACGGGUGCUUGGCUUGAUUCUUGUUUCGCCUCUUUGCAGAGCACCUUCAUGGACCGAAUGGCUUUACAAUAAGGUUUUAAAGAAUUUACUAUACUUCUAUGGCAUGUGUGGUUUAUUGAAGGAAUGCCUUCUGCAGCGUUACUUCAGCAAGGAACUUAGAGACGGUGUGGAGGGAGCAGAGCCAGACAUGAUACUAACUUGCCGAAGGCUUCUGGAUGAAAGGCAAAGUUUGAAUGUCAUGCGUUUUCUUCUAGCCAUUAAUAAUAGGCAUGACCUCACUGAGGGUCUCAAGAACUUGCGGUGUAAGACGCUCAUAUUUGCGGGGGCAAGUAGUCCGUUUCAUGCUGAAUCUGUGCACAUGAGCGCAAAAAUGGACAAGAAGGCCUGCGCCCUUGUUGAGGUCAAGGCUUGCGGGUCAUUGGUGACAGAAGAGCAACCAUAUGCCAUGAUAAUUCCGCUCGAGUCAUUUUUAAUGGAAUUUGGGUACCACAGAGAACCAAUAUUUGCUUCAUGCCCGUCGUCAACCACUGGGUCUAGCCCGGCUAGCCGAAUAGCGCCAGAACUCCUCUCCCCUAAGAGUCUGGGGAUUAAGCUCAAGCCUAUCAGAACCAGAAUGAAUAUUGAAAUCUAAUCUAAGAUUUGCACAUAAUAUAGAAGAUAACUAGUUUAGCGCAUUCUUUGGUAGGUCCUAACACCUACAUGUAAUUAUGUGUCGUUAGAGGCAGUAACGUCACCCUCUGGAAAGCCAUUCUUUCUUCUGGUUAUCUUAUCAACUUCCAUUUUUAUUCCAACUGAAGAAGGGCCACACUGCCAUUAUUUUCUACCGGCAAAAUUUGUAUGUUCUUUGAAGAACUCAUUCAAUGUCAUCAGCAUUGGGCUGGUUGGGCCAAGUCGAGGUUAAA